GUCAGUCAGCAGAAGGCCAACACGUCACAUUCUAUUCUGCUUUCCAUUCUAUCAAAGAUGGCUGACGUAGGAAGCAGUCCUCACCACGACAAGUAACAAAUAAAAGAGUGGAUAACGUUUGUUGCUUAUUCACGGGAGCUCUAAAUACACGGCGUUUAAAACCGUCUGAAAUGGAUGAUGUGGAGAUCACAGACGUCAAUGAAGGCGGCAUUCAGGUGGAGAAACACCCCCCAAAAAAUCGGGAUCUGACUUCCCUGAGCAUACUUGCAGGAGAGCUGCUGUCCCAGUAUGGCUGGUACCUUCUGGCUGUGACCGUGCUGGUUUACUUGCUCAUCCAGCACCUGAAGAAGAGGAGAUCCAGCCAGAGCUGCCAGAGUUCAGCCCCACAGACACCACAAGAUGCAGCAUUGGUGGCAAAAAGACAAGAGGCCAUGGAAGCAGCUCGGAGAAAGAUGCAGGAGCAGCUUGAUGCCAGCGCAGCCAUCUACAAAGAGAAACAGAAACAGAAACAGCAACAGAAACAGAUGAACCAAGAGGCCAGCUCAUCAACAACAAUGCUGAAACCAAAGACGGACAAGAAACCACUUCGCAGUACUGACUACAGUCCUCUGUCUGGACAGGGAGGAGGAACCUGUUCUUGGAGACCUGGCAGGAGAGGGCCGUCAUCUGGUGGAUGAGGUUAAAGGUCAGAGACAUUGGUCUGUCUGACCUUUGAGCUCUGACAUCUUGAUGUUUGCACCGACUGACUGAAGCAAGUUGACAAUACCACAAAGUCCACAUUUAAUUUUUUUUUUUUUUUUACUUGUCCCACACUUCUAAUGAGUAUAUACCUGCCAUCCUGUUCAGUUUUCUCUACUGUUAUUUCCUCUCUGCUGCAUUGUUAAGCAUCAAACACAAUAUGAUCAUCUUGAAUCACACCUUUAAGGGGUAAAACAGUUGUGGAAUUGAAAGCUUGUUAUGAAGCCAUUCCUGUCAAAUGGUGUGUAACCACCAGGUUUGGCUGAUGAACUUCACAGUCUGUGUUAUUUUAAUAUGUUCAUCAAUUUUUACCACCUUUAGAGCUUAUAUCGCUAGCUGGUGCACAAUGGCUAAUUAUAAGAUUUAGUAUAUAUUCUGGUUAUAAAGUUACAAACAUUUGAUCUAUCUAAAUGUAAGCAGAGUAUGUUGACAGUUUUAUGCAAUAAAAAUAUGGUCACCAGGA